UCUCAUAUGACACUGACGUUUAAAAGCAAACUCAAGAGCCUGCUGACCAUGACAGGAUCAUUAUUUUGGAUACUUCUUCCAUUGAAGUAGGUUGUUUCUCUGCAAGUACAGCUCCGAGUGACACGAACACAUGAAUUUCCAUUCGUAUAGAUCAAGAAGCAUUCCCUCAAACCUAGCAGAGAAACUGGAACUUAAAAUUCCAGGAAAUUGUUGUCUCGGAUGCCAGGUGUCCGGACUCUCAACACAAGCUCAAAACUGGUCACGUGAUGUCUGAUGACCCAACUGGUGGUGGUGGUGGUGCGUCUUCCGUGGUUCCAGGACAGGAGCAGGUCCUACAAGUGGAAGACUCUAAUUUGUCCGUUAGUCAGGGGGAUCCCUCCACAGGAAUAGACAAAAAGAAGACGGCAGCAGCCACUUUGGAUGAAACUUCUCCCUCCUCUGCCGAGUCUUUCGAGAUGUUGGACGGUCUGGAUUUGUCCGAGUCCAUUUACGAACCAGUCCAGCCUCACUGGUUCUACUGUCGCCGGGCCAAUGAGAAGGACUGGCUACCGUUCAGCCAUGAAGACUCUCUUAAGCUGGAGGAUGCGCUCAAGAACUUGAAAAACGAAGAGGAGAGCGUGGUCGCUGUGGAGGGCGGUCGCUAUGACGUCCGCAUGACCGAGCGUCUGCGCUAUGCUGUCUAUUGGGACCAAGCACCCUCCGAAGUCCGUCGCUGCACGUGGUUCUUCAAAGGCAACGAGGACCCCCGGUACAUGCCGUACCCGGAGUCGUUCAGUGACCGCUUGGAGGAUGCGUACAUGAUCGCCGUAACAUUAGGGGAGUGGAAGAGGAAGCUGGAGUUUCCCACAGGCGAGACGGUCAUUCUUCACAACCCCAAGCUCAUUAUGCAGUACCAGCCAAUCAUGCUGCAGGAUGACUGGGUCUCCUCCCCCUCUGAACAGGGGAGACCUCGCACAGUAAAGAGGGGCAUUGAGAACAUUGCUGUGGACAUCCCUGAAGGGGAGCCUCAGACAGUGGACCACCUGGUGUUUAUGGUGCACGGGAUCGGGCCCGCGUGCGACCUCCGCUUUCGGAGUAUCAUCCAAUGUGUGAAUGAUUUCCGCAGUGCUGCUCUGAGCCUGCUCAGCUCCCACUGCAGGUCGGCCCGAGAGGAGGGCAGGGUUGGCAGGGUGGAGUUCCUUCCUGUCGACUGGCACAGCGCUCUCCAUGGCGACGCCACCGGUGUUGACGAGUCCAUUCAGCGGAUCACUCUCCCCAGCAUCAGCCGACUCCGCCAUUUCACCAACGACACCUUGCUGGACCUCUUCUUCUACAACAGCCCCACCUACUGCCAGACGAUCCUGGACACCGUGGUAACGGAGGUCAACAGACUCCACAGUCUGUUCCGCUGCCGCCACCCAGACUUCAAGGGGCAGGUGUCUCUCGUGGGCCACAGUUUGGGAUCUCUUAUUCUUUUUGAUCUUCUGACCAAUCAGAAAACAGGCUCAGAGGACUUGGGGAAUGAGACGAAAAAUUCUUGCGGUGACCUUUCGACCCCUAAGAAAGAAAACCUGGAAGACGCCCUCGGUAGACUGGGGCUUCAGAAAUACAUUCCUAUUUUACAGAAGGAAGAAAUGGACCUAGACUCUUUGUCUCUUUGCACAGAAACUGAAUUAGAAAAAGUUGGAAUACCACUUGGACCACGUAAGAAAAUCUUGGACUUGGUCAGUAGGAGACAAAUCUUGAAGGAUCAUAAAGCCAGGAUGGCGGCCAUGUUGCCCCCAGAAGACUUGGCAGACCACAACGAAGCCAGCGCGGCCCACCGCCAAAGCUUCCUGCGGACCUAUUCCACCACCAGCGCUGUAGACUACAAAUAUUUCGAUGUGGGGAUCGGUCAGGUGUCCAUCCACUACCCCCAGCUAGCUUUCCAUCCACACUCCUUCUUUGCGUUCGGCUCGCCCAUCGGAAUGUUUCUGACCGUCCGAGGGCUGAAACGCAUCGACCCCGACUACAACUUCCCCACGUGCAAGGCCUUCUUCAACAUCUACCACCCGUUUGAUCCAGUUGCGUACCGCAUUGAGCCCAUGAUCGUGUCUGAGCCCGACCUGGAGCCCAUGCUGAUACCACAUCACAAGGGGAGGAAGAGGAUGCAUCUGGAGUUGAGGGAGAGUUUGACCCGCAUGGGUGCCGACCUGAGGAACAACGUGCUUGGCUCCCUGCGGACGGCGUGGCAGUCCUUCGCCCGUAUACCAGUGGCUGCCCUUCCGUCUGUGGAGGAAGCGGUGUGCACAGGCAUCGCCAUGGAGACAUCAGAGACUUUAGAAACAGAGGGAACAGAGGAGAGUGAUGCAACAGAGGACAAAGACUUAAAGAUCGGGAUGCUGAAUGGGGGUCGGCGAAUCGACUACGUUCUCCAAGAAGCACCUAUUGAAAGUUUCAACGAGUACCUCUUUGCCAUCCAGAGUCAUCUCUGCUACUGGGAAUCUGAAGAUACGGCUCUUCUGCUUCUCAAGGAAAUCUAUGAAAAACGUGGUAUAGCUUUUGAACAAUCCCCAUCGUAGGACGUUAACAUAUGGAAGGACCAUAUAGAAGGAUAACAAGCAUUUGAAGAAAGUAUGGAAGGAUGAAGUUUUACUCACUGUUUAUCUUUACCUCAAGACUGAUAACAUUGAUGUGGAAUUAGAGGUUUUAAUAUCUCUACAUAUACUUAAGCCUCUAAAAGACCACUGUAGUCAUUUUUGACUAGAAAUGUUUUUGAUAUACUAAACACUAAUCCUGAAAUAAAAUGUUUUGGGUGAUGGGUAAUGUCAGAAUAGGCAACAGCUACUGCAUGGUUAUAUGCCAGCUUAAAUCAGACUCGUUGCUGAGUACAAAUACCUUGACACAGCAAAUAUACUGCCUUUUUGCUGCUAUGUUAUCGGACUGCAACUUUUCAGUUUAACAUAGUAUUUUCAUUUCAUCUACUCAGUUAAUCAUACAGUAUGUGUACUGUUUUAUGCCAUACAGUUAGUUGAUAACUGCACUUUUAAUUGUUACCAAAGACCCGCACCCUACCCUGUUUAACCACCCUAAGCCAAAACACAUUUUCCCCUUCAGUUGUGACAUGAGGGCAAAUGCUUGUAUGGGUGAGCUGUACAACAUUUCUUUUUUUCUUUUUUUUCAGUACAUCAUCGCCAAUAUCAGUCAAACCUUUAAUCAACCUGUUGCACACAGGUUUAGUUUUCAUCACAUUAGAGCAUUUUGUCAGCGCAGAGCCUUUGCAGCAUACAAACAAAGUUAAUACGACGAGCCAGUGCAGCAGCUGGUCGCCGUGUUCUAGAAUUCAUAUCAAGGAGCCGUGUUCUAGAAUUCAUAUCAAGGAGCAGGAUUCCCCCAGAGCCAUAUAGAUACAUGUAUCUAUAUGGCUCUGGAUUCCCCGACAUAACCGACAUAUCUGAGGAUGGUCAGAUUGGAAUGGAUUGUUAAGAUACAAAGCUAAAACACUUCACGCUGAUUUAUGUUGAAGAUAGAAACACCAGAAGAAGAUGCAUGUUGUUUUUCCCCGGUCUUGAGGUGUUGUGCCAAAUCUGAUUGUGGUAAGAGUGUGUUGAGUUUGUUCAUAUCCCAAUGCCUGCAUUUUCGUGCAAUACGUGACCUUUUUCCCAGUUUCCUCCCCGAUUUCCUUUGUGAAAGGACUGAACUUUUCCAGAAGCACUUUACUUUGGCAUGUUUCUCACUGCCUGAUCAGCCAGUCACAUGCUUGUUACCUUUCGCUCUUUUCAAAUUGGUGAAUAAUGGUGAUUGGAUUAGAAACAUUCCAGAUUGUCAGCAGGCAUUGUUACUCGCACUAUGACCCCUGAAGUGCACCUUAAGGGAACACUUUUGUGAAAAGGGUAAAACAAAAUACCCCCAUUCCAGUUGUGUCUUUCACCCCUCCAGUUCCCUGGCCUGAGUCACGUACCUCUUGCUAUACCUUUUCAAUAAUGUACAAAGUGGUACCUUAAGUUUACUUCAGGUGUGCAAGUGCACAGGUGCGGGUAAUGCCACUGGGCUCAUGAACUUUGUAAAAAAAUAAAGUUCUAAUUUGCCAAUUUGUUCAGAGGAUGCUCAGCUAAUUUGUUGCAGCUUGAAGUUAUUUGAAUUGUACAAGUAUUAUGAAGUUGAUGGCAUUUAUGAGAACAAAAUGCUUUGCUUGCUCUUUUUUUGUGUGUGCUAUGCAUGUGUCACAAAAAAAACGAAGGUAUAUCACAGUAAUCCUCUCACAGAGCACUCUAAAACGCUGCCAUUUUGUUCAGUUACCCAUACUCGGAAAUUUUAUACUGCCUAUGAGAAAUACUGAAAUACAGCAUUACAGAUUUAUUUAUUUGUACGUUUUAUUUAUCCAAUUUCAUGUAUCUGAACAAAUGUGUGUACAAAUAAACAUUUAACAAAUAUCA